UGUCCCUCCGUAACACUCAAGAGGAGGAACCACCCGAUCCCCAGCUCAUGAGGCUGGAUAAUAUGCUCAUCGCAGAGGGGGUCGCAGGCCCCGAGAAGGGAGGAGGAGUGGGAGCCGCAGCUAACGCGUCUGCAGCAGCCGGAGCAGGGGACUCUGCCAUAGAACAUUCCGAUUACCGGGCCAAGCUGGGCCAAAUUAGACAGAUAUACCACCAGGAACUUGAAAAAUACGAACAGGCAUGUAACGAGUUCACCACACACGUGAUGAACUUGCUGAGGGAACAGUCUCGCACACGGCCAAUAACACCUAAGGAAAUCGAGCGUAUGGUCCAAAUUAUACACAAGAAAUUUUCAUCGAUACAAAUGCAGCUAAAGCAGUCCACUUGUGAGGCUGUAAUGAUUCUCCGAUCACGCUUUCUUGACGCCAGGAGACGUCGCCGUAAUUUCAGCAAACAAGCCUCAGAAAUCUUGAAUGAAUAUUUCUACUCGAACCUCUCGAACCCGUACCCGUCAGAAGAAGAGAAGGAGGCGCUUGCCCGUCGCUGUUCAAUAACGGUCAAUCAGGUCUCCAACUGGUUCGGCAAUAAGCGGAUCCGCUACAAGAAGAACAUUGGCAAAGCACAAGAAGAAGCUAACUUAUACGCUGCUAAGAAAGCAGCAGGUGAGGCAGGAGCAUCACCAUACAGUAUGAGCGGGACUCCAGGACCCAUGAUGUCCCCGCCACCCGGGGACGAGUCCAGUAUGGGUGGAUAUGGCAUGCCUGGCAUGAACGGCUCCGGCUACUCGGGGGCGUUGGGUUAUGACCUCCAUCCCGAGUCCCCCGAUGUCUAGGGGCUUCAGAACAAGAGCCCCUCUGCCUCGCCUCCCCAAUAACGACCCUGGGGCCGCCUCUCACCACCAUCGCUGCUCAGCCUUGGCGGUGAAAGUCGCCUUUCCUAUCGCCGGAGCCACAACCUCUUGCUUCUGUCCGCCGUCGGGCAGAUCAAGAAGACAAGCAAGGUCCCCGGUGUCCGCUACUGGAGGCGGGGCGUCUUUUGCCGCCCCUCAGUAUACGAUCACAGCCUGGGCCCCAAACCUCACCUUCCUUUCCCCUUAUUAGCAUAAGAGCAACACUUCCUCUCGUAUUACUUUUAAGAUAUCCUUUUUAUCCUGGCUUUCAUCCUGUACCUACCCAUCCUCAGUUGAGAAAUGAAAUUCCUAUCCUUAAUAUCCUCCACUUUUCCUGCGCUCUCCUCAGCUCUGGGGGAACAGUCCCAGGUCUGUUUCAUGUCCCUAGCAAAAGAUGUUGCGCAAUGGAGACGGCGCAACAAUGUAUACGGUCGGUAUGUGAUAGUCCAUUCACGUAUUGCUUUUGUUGUAUUUUGAAAGCUUCAACUAAGACGUCGUCUCCGACGCAACAAUCUUAUUGCUCUCUGAACAGACAAAUUAAAUUUCAAAAUUAUAAUUCUUUUCAUUCUUGAGACUGCAUUCUCUGGUAUAGAGUUCAAGUGGUCAUCUGCAGUAAUUCAAAAUAUAUUUCUGAACAAAAUUUUGACUUCUACAAAGUAGUUUGCCAACUGUGUUGUGGCUUCAUGAAAAUAGCACUGGUUUCGUGUACAGUAGAAGAGUAUGUAAAAUAGCAAUGACGUCUAAUUGAGGUAGAUAACUUGUAUUGGGUUAGUGAGAGGAACGCAUCUAUAAUUACUUAAUUUACUCUUCCCCCUCAGCCGACGACAGCAUCCAUCCCAUGACUCUUCAUCCUCUCUGUCACUAAUGUUAAGCCUGUUAUGUAAGGCUCCUGUAUCCAAUACUCAGGGCUCCAGGCUGAGUUAAUAAUACCGGUAAGGCAUCCUUUACUUUACCGGUGUAAGGUCUCCUUCUCAUCUUCCUCGCCAGUAAUUGGUAUCCUUUCCUCAUCCUUGUGGUUAGGCGUCCCACCAUCAUUACCCUCACCUUUUAUAUAAGGCAGCAUAAUCCUUAACCCGACGACUAGACGCCUCUACGCUUUCUUCAUACGUCAUUCGUUAAACCAGUUCUCCAACACCUCUUCAAACGCAACAUUUAACCUUUUGAAAUUUCUUGGUAUCCAUAGCGACUUCAUUCAAAAAUCGGUGAUUUUCAACCUCGGUGAUUGCGUUCUAUUUCAUACACCUUUCAUGUUACUAGGAUUCAGAAUUGAGAUUGGUUUUAUCUCUCUGUACAUUUGUUGUACAUUUUUCCAAAUCCUUGCGAUUAUCUUGUAAUUCGAUUAGACAGCUUAGACUGUGUAUAUCUUCGCCCCUCCCAUCAACCCAGUAUACGCUUUAUUCACCGUGCAUUUUUUCAACACAACCCGUGGGUGUCUAGCAUUCUUUUUUCUGGUUCCAUUGUCUAGGAGCAAUUGUGGCUCAAACGUUUAAAUGCCUCGUUUAAUUGUUGGAAGGAUAUAUUUUGUUGCUAAAUUGUUUGUACUGUAGUUGAAAAUUCAGCAUUUCCUCGUUCUCGUUACCGAUUAGCUGAAACACAUGAUAGGAGAAACAAUAUUUUUGUUUUGCAGCUCGCAAAUGAUAAAUGAUUAUGUAUUUUGCUUCUGUGCAUUCCUGUUACACUUGGCAAUCAUCACGCUAAACAUGUGUUUAGUUCUUGAGGUGAGUGCGAGACCGUUAUUCUUGGGUUCUGUUUCCUCUCAAACAAGUGUUUUGCUGUGGGGAAAAAUCAGCUUGAUUUAUCUCUGCCGAUACCUGUCGUAACAAACCUCCAUAGCAUAUUGCUUCUCAUCCGGGUAUCCUUACCUAUUUUACUUUAAAAGAAUAGCAAUUUAAUUUGAAGCUAAAAUUUUGUAGAUCAUCUCCCGUGCGGUCUGGGUUUUUGUCAAUUUAUCCGCGAGUUUUAUUUAAACUGUAUUUGUUUGCGCGAGUGUUUUAUGCCGAUUUUACAUGUCUAUACGUACUUGCUGAAGGUCUACGUCGAAUUCCAUUUUCGGGUCGAAUUGUUUCAUUGUUGAUCAGAAUCUGCUAACCGGCCUUUUUUCGAAAUUCGAGUUCUGCUUGCAAGAGCUACAGCACUUUGUGCCAUAUUCUUCCAGGGAUACGGUCGCUCAUUUCAGUUUGAGGCUCAAGUGAUUAUAGGUUUUUCGAUUUUUCUCUAUCAUGGCCAGAUGUUUAUAUUGUUGCUGUAUUUUACGGACAUCUUGUUGAUAAUAGUAUUGGAGGCAGCAAAAAAUACUACUAAUUUAAACUUCUUAGAAGCAUUUGUUCCCAUUUUUGAUUAAUGAUAAGUGUUCAUUUUGUUUGUAGAGUCUGUAGGGUACAUUAUGCGUGUAAGAGAGCAGCGAGAGUGACGCUUGUAAUGUCUUGCUCUCCCUGCUCUCCGUUACAUAACUGUAAGGCGUGCAUACACACGAGUUGUGCGAGGUAGCUAGAACCCAAGUAUACAGUGAUAAUACUUCAGUAUACGAACAAGAGAGUUUCCUCAUUGACAAAAACUACGAUUAAAAAAUAAGCUAUAAUAGCCAUCCCUAUUUCCGCUGAAUUGUUAGUUAUUUUUUUACUCAUAGUCAAAGUUUUUGGUAGCCAAAGGCGAUUCCGAAGAAAAGGAUCGAUGCGGCUCUUGUACGUAGUAUUCUACUUGGUGUAUGUAAGCCAAGACUCUUCAACUGUCUCUUUAUUGUCAUUCUUCGUGUGAUUGUUGAGGCGGGCCGUGUUCGCUGCUCCUUCCCUCGCUUCUCUCUGAGUAAUGUUGUCUGUAAAUGUAUUUCCCUCUCUGCAUUAAGUGCUCUCCCUUACCGUCCCUCUCUCAAAUACGUUGGAUGGGGCGGUGUCCCGAGAGAUUUUAGCUCUUUUGCGACGUCUCCAGUGCUAUUCUUUUGCAAUUUGUAAAUGUAGUCUUACUAGCAUUUUGCCUGCAGGGACGGUUUAGGACAGACUUGUAUACUUAUUUUAUUUAUAUGAGUUUAAGUGUAUGAACUAAUUUUUCACUCCUGAUCUACUUUCUAUCCAUAAUGGUAGGUAAGCUGCGCGAACUUCAUCCUCGGGUACAUACAUCAUCCCAUUCAUUUUUCUCUUUCAGUUGUUUG